AGCUGCUGAAAAUGGUCGGAUCACGGCUGCUCCGGCGCACCAGCCGCCCUGUGGAGAUGAUGCCCAUUGUGCUCAAUGAUCAAGGCAUAGUUGACAGCCUUAUUGAAAAUAACCAGAGAAGCAUGUGGGCUAGCAGGACUGGGGAGGACGAACAGCUCUACUUAGUCCACAUUCAGGGCAUUGCUGGCAUCGGUCUCCCGACUACGCUGGUCGUCAAGAAGUUCCAGAACUCGGAUGGAAUACUGGACGGUAAUCUGGAGAACCGCUGCAAGUCGGAGAUGAUCCUGUUAGCCAGCACCCAUCACGACAACAUCGUCAAUGUCCUACACUUCAUCCAGAGGGAAAAUGCAAUCAUGCUCGUUUACACGUACCAGGUGAACGGCAGCCUGGACCAGUGUUUGCACCGGCGGGAGGAGGGCGACCUACCGCUGAGCUGGUCGCAGAGGAAGGCCAUCGCCGUUGGAGUGGCCCAAGGGCUCUGCCACUUACACCACGGAUGCAAUAGACCGAUUGUCCACCACAACAUCACCUCUAUCAACAUCCUGCUCGAUCAGAAUUUCAAGGCCGUGAUCGCCAGUUUUGGUGCUGCACAGAUGAACAUCGCCGGGCUCAACCAACCAUUGCCUAUCGCAGGGACUGUGUUUGGUAACUUCGGGUGUGCAGCUCCAGAAUAUGGGAGGGCGGCAAGCCAGCUGAUGGAGAAGGUAGACACGUACAGCUUUGGUGUGGUGCUGCUGGAGCUCGUCACAGGGCGGGUGGCCAAUGGGGUGGAUGGUCAGUUGGCCAUAUGGGCUCGUGACAACUGCAGUGAACUGAUGGCAAAGAAGCUGGAACGGUUCAAGAUUGCUGUGGACAAGGGCAUCCCAGAUCAAGCACAGUACAUGGAGGAGAUGGCGACCGUGCUCAGACUGGGUGUGGAUUGCACUGUCGAUGAUCCGCAGCAAAGGCCGUCCAUGCAGAUGGCUCUCAAACGACUCCGCCACGGCUGUGGGCGUGGCCGAUUCGGUGGCCUUCUCACCUGCUAUAACCUAUACAUCACCAGUGAGGAUGUUAUCCAAGUGAAAAAAGAUAUAGUGGCAUGUGAGGUCCGCUCAGCUGAUGAACUGAUAUUGACAGAGCUUAUGUUCUGUGAAAAGCCUCAGGAUGCCCCAAAGCCAAGGGAGGAGCUUGACCUGCUCUUCUGCCGGUUGCAAGGGACAGGGCAAAUGGUUGCGAACUUCCUGCUUGAAUGCAAGAAAAAGCUCACAUCAAUAUAA